AAACGCGACCCCUAUUUCUCUUAGGGCGAUUCUCUCCGCCCUUUUCUCUGUCUCUAGCCUCGAUCGAGCACGCCACCUCGGAGUUAUACUCCCUUAUCUGUGUCCGUCUUCCAAGACGAACAGUGGAGGCAUGCUCUUCUCCGAUUGCGGGAUCCGACGCCCGAAGAGCGGAUCUUAGAUGAUGGCCUCCGCCGGCGGCAAGUCCAGUGGCGACCAAGAUCAAUGGGAAACGACUUUGCGCGGCUCCGUCUCUCGGGGGAUCAUUUUCUUCGGAUUGAUCGGCGCCACUGCGACUGUUGCGGCUACUCGUUUGAGGAGGACUGUCGAUUGGGUCUACAAUCAGCUGAGGGUGCGGUCAAAUACAUCGUGGUGGGGUGAGAAUACCAGCUCUACUCGAGGAAACUACCAUGAGCAAGCUCAAAAAAGAUAUAACAGCAGAAUGCAAGAGGAGUAUGAGGAUGAAAUGGAAAGACUGGAGCGUAUAAGACGAAUGCAAAGUGUAUUUAACAGAGAGAGAAAUAAAUAUAAGAAGACAUAUGAGAGUUGGCAGAAUCAAGGACCUGGUGCCUACCAACAUUGCCCAAGGAAUGAUUGGUAUUGGGAGGAAGAUACUUCUUUCAAAGAUAGAAGACCUAAUUUUAAAGCAGCACCUAGGAGUCCUCGAACAAGUGGGCAUUAUAUGUGGUCACAUCACUAUGCAGUUUUGGGUCUCGACAGGUCAAGGGCAAGUCCAUAUUCAGACCUUGAAAUCAAGGAGAACCUACGCUUAGGUGAUGGCCGAACACCCGAGGUUUACCUACAGUCGACGCGCAACGGGUGGCAGGCUGCUUUUAGAGCAAAAGCCAUGGAAUGGCAUCCAGAUCAGAAUCAAGAGAAUAAAGAGGCUGCUGAAGAAAAAUUUAAAGAAGUCCUCAAGUCUUAUGAAGCAAUAAAAUCAGAAAGAAUGAAUGAAAAGUAUUGAACCCAAUCCUCAAAUUUGAAAAGUGGAAAAUAGAAAACAUUUUUUUUUCUUGGCAUGUUUAUACGUAAAAUUAAGGUCAAGAAGUCCUGUUGGAUGUAUUCGUUGACGAGAGUUAAGCUUGAUAGGAAUUUCUUCAAAUGCAAUUAGUUUUUCUUGUCUUAACCAACGUGAUUGUACGAGUAAUUUAACUGUAAUUCAAAUCAACUGAUAAUAGAAAAGAGUUAUAUGAUUGAUUAUUAUUUGUUUC